AUGGAUGCCAGUGACGAGCAAGAACUUGAUAUUCCCACAUUCGAGGAACUUGUGAAGAGUGCAGACUGCUGGAAUACAAGACCGGAAUUGCUUGAUUCCCUCGAACUCUUCCACCACGCAAUAUUGAUUCUGGCGACGCGUUCGCAACACUUACAAGGCCGCUCUGCCUCCCGCAUCUCCACUAUCCGCCAGAGCCAAUCAAUUCUAACAAUCGCGGCUCUUUACCGUACCCGGCGAGUCGAGGAGCUGUUGCCAAUAUCAAUGUCUGCAUACUCUCUUUCCCUUGCCUUUUCAGUUACGUACUGCCAUAUGAAAGAAGCGAAGCUCUCUAGUGCUCAACUUGUAGCAAAAGAUAACCUCGCGAUAUUCCAUCGGUGUCUCAGAUCACUGAGUAGCAUCUGGUGGUUGGCAGCCGUCGUGAUGCGACUAGGCAAACAUGCGCUAGAAAACACACAUCAACAGCUCGUCGAGGAACAAGAAUACAAAUUAGCAGCACAUUAUGAACCCGAACCCGAGAGCACUACGGGGGCCGAGAGACUGAGCGGUGAAAAUGCAGACUUCCACGAGGAACUACGGGCCGGGAGAGGAGUCUUCGUGAACCCGUCUGGAACAUCAGAGAAUCUCAGCUCUUCGGAUGGGGGUCUUUCGGCGCCUGCAUUUUCUGAAGAUCUAGAUCAUCUUUUUGAAAAGUAUGAUCUGUCCUCUGCGGAAGAGGGAUAUUUUGAUACUUUUUUCCAGAACUUCUUGGACGUCAAUUUCCCCAGCUCCUUGGGCGAGCAGUAUCUUGAAGGAAAAGCUGGAUUCAUUGCAUGA